AUGCAAUCUAUAAACCGCGGAGUCGUUUACCUUCCGCGCGCCGAGACGGCCGCCAUGUGCGCGGACGCGUGAGUGCACAGCCCGAGUCGACGCGCGCGCAGAUAGACCGACCCCGCGGCGGCGCGCGGACAUGGUGCGCUGGCUGAGGGCGGCGCUCGUGCUGCUCGCCGGCCUCUGCGCCGGCGCAUGGCGCCCCCCGCCGCAACCGAUGCUCCUCACCACCCUGCACCGCACGCGACGAGAAGCUCCCGACAACACGCGACACCUCCAGCUGCUCGGCUGGCAUUUGGAGCUUCAGGAAAACACUGCGAUACGAUCUCCUUACUACAACGAGUGUCAGUUUUACACAGGACGAGUGCUAUACGAGGAAACGUCAUCAGCGACAGUGACAGAAUGCGGGGAUCAGCUCUACGGGCUGCUGCAAGUAGAUGGGGAGGAGUUUGUGCUGCAGCCCACAGGACAAGGGAACAGUGACGGUACUCAUGUGCUCAGGCGAAGAGAUGUGUUACUUUCGGAGCAGCCAGCGGCGUAUAACCUCACGGGCGACACGGUAUCCGAUCUUGAACUUGACCUAUCUGAUGAGGAGUCGGCGACGCCGAUGCCGCAAGUGCGUCUGCGGCACAACCAUGACCGUGACGUCCAGGAAUAUCGCAAUGUGAUAGUAUCCAGACCCGUGACAGGCCCCCAGGAACUGUGGUUAGAAAUGGCCAUUGUGGCAGAUCACACAAUGUUGAAGUUUCACGGUCAAGAUGAAACACGAGUGAGGCACUAUAUUUUAGCGUUAAUGAAUAUUGUCAGUGCUAUCUUCAACGAUCCAUCGGUGAGCUCGAACAUGACGCUUGUGAUCAAUCAGUUGUACUUGGAAAACGAUCCUGUUGUGAAAUACGGGAAUGUUAAGAAGACGCUGGAAGCUGUAAACAAAUGGAACUACAGACAUUUAAUGAAAUUGCCACCAGACCGUGCGGGUUGGGAUGCAGCGGCUUGGCUGACCCGAGCGCCUCUCGGCGGGCCGUCGGGCUUCGCGCCCGUCUCCGGGGUCUGCUCGCGCGAGCGCUCCGCCGCUAUCAUCCGCGACGAGGGGCUCACGAGCGCCUUCGUCAUCGCGCACGAGUUGGCUCACCUGUUGGGCCUUACGCACGAUGGCGAGGAUCAGUGCGCAGCAGCGGCGCAGCGCGGAUCGGUGAUGGCGCCGACUGUACUCGCCUCGCUUCACAACUUCUCCUGGUCUGCCUGCUCCAAGAAACAGCUACAUGACAAGGCCAAGAAAUGGUGGUGCCUGCACACCCGCAGCCAGGACGACGGGGUGGAGCUGGGCGGUGCCAGGGAGCUGCCCAAAUACGCCUUCACUAUGGACGAACAGUGCCGAACCGAAUUCGGUGACGGGUUUUCGGUGUGCAAAUCGGUGAAGGUGCGGUCCGCGUGUCGGCGGCUGUGGUGCUCGCACCGCGCUCAGCCCAACGUGUGUCGGUCUAAGCGCGGCGCGCCUCUCGACGGCACGCCUUGCGGACCCGGCCAGUGGUGCGUGAAUCGAGUCUGUGAACCAAUGCCUGGUCAUGGGAUCAGAAGUGAGGACAGAGUAGAAGAACCACCGGAGCGGCCACACUGGGAGGAGUGGGGGGCAUGGAGCGCGUGCAACGCUGACUGCGGUUAUGGGCUGCGAACCAGGUCGAGGCGAUGCUGGUACAGGGGGGAGGUGUCAGAGAGCGCGUGCGAGGGCGGCGCGUCUCAGGUGGCGACGUGCUGGGCCGGCAGCGCCUGCGCAGCUGUGCGCGACGCGCGCUCCGACUGGUGCCGCCGCCGGCGCGGCUCACUCAUACCUCACAUACACACCGACGAGUCUCAACAAUGUGAAAUGUGGUGUGUGGACUACACGGGAGGAGAUCCCUCCAGCUACGGCUCUCUGCCAGAUGCCACGCCUUGCAGCUACGACAGACCCUACGAUCUUUGUUACCAGGGGGCUUGUGUGAAAGGCCAGUGCAACCCGUCGGACUCGACUUGCAACUGGUGUCCUGAUGGCUACUGUAGCAACAAUACGCAUCUUUACCACAGGCAAUUGGGAAAAGGCUGGACACGAAUAACUAUGGUCCCGCACGAGGCAAACCAGCUCUCCAUCCACAUCGCAACACCGGUCCCGCUUUCCAUAGCCAUCAGAGAACGCAAGCGUGACAAACACAUUCUAGAGCUGCGCAAACAUUCCAAGCGGGUCGAGCUCGAACAACAGCACAAUUACCUCAAAUACGAUCCAAAUGUGCCGCAGAAUUUGCAGAUAAUAGACCUGGAUAGUAACGUGAUAGAUAUAAAAGAGGAACGCUACGGCUGGGAGGGACAGGUGGUCGCUGCGAGCAGUUUGUUGCGGUGGACUCAGACGGACGCUGAUGUGCAUAUAUCGGCUCAGUCGCCGCUGCAGACUGAUCUGAUGAUUAUGGCGAUACCCGAGCACGAAUUAGAAACAGAAGAGGCAGUCACCGUGGAGGUGUCCGUCAACUAUAGCUCGCCCGCUGGCAAUAGCAGGAGCCGACCCAUGGAAUACAGCAAGUGGCCCGUGCGCGGCCCGUGUAGCGCGUCGUGCGGCGGCGGGGUGCGCGUGGUGCGUCCACGGUGCCUGCGCGGUCAACAGUGUUCCGCGCCACGCUACGAGGCUUGCAAUACGCACCGAUGCGAGUUCCAAUGGAAGGCGGACGAAUGGGAGGCCUGCAGCGCCACUUGCGGAGACUCCGGACUGCAGGAGCGGCAGCUCUUCUGCGUGCCCGUUAAUCUGAACUCCACAUACCAAAGGGAUCUGAUUAGAGCCAUGGUGUCGCCGGCGCUAUGUUCGGAGCCCAGACCGGAGCAGCAGCAACCGUGCAACCGCUUGCCUUGUCCCGUCUACUGGCAAGAAAUGCCAUGGACGCCGUGUUCAACAACGUGCGGUCGCGGUAUAUCGCGGCGGCCUCUGGUGUGCCCCGCCGAGCACGAGUUCCUGUGCGGCGCGCGGCCGCGCGAGCGCCGCCGCCGCUGCCGCCUGCGCCGCUGCCCCGCACCGCGCCCCGCACCCUGCGCCGCCGACACCCUCAAGUACUGCGAGUUGUUCCCUACUGAGCAGCUUCGUAGGAACUGCAUUCUUCCUCAGUUCAGGAAGUAUUGCUGCAACGCUUGCGCCGCUGCCGACCGCACACGCACAGUCCGGGACGUUGGUUAAAUAGGAUAGCUUUAAUAAUAGGUUCAUAGACUUUUGACUGCCUAUAAUUUUUACGAUAGAUACUGUGAAAAUAUCAACGUUGCUAGAGUCAAAACUAUCUUAACAUUUUUUGCAUUGGACAAAAAUCGCAUGUCUUUACAAAAAGGGGGCUUUAAAUAAAAUUUGUAUUGUAUUAAUAUUGAUGUAGCAUAAUCUAUACCUAGGUUCACAUAAUACUUUACCAGUUUAAAUAGUUCUCGAACUAGAGUCUGUGCGGAAAGAGAAGAGUCGUGGGACUUGAGGGCGCGCCAGUGCUAUUUUAUGGUUUUUGCUAUGCUGACAACACUAGUCACGUGAUUAUAGUACGACACUAAAGGUCAUGAUACUUGUAUCCCUUUUGUUCCGGUUUUUUACCACGGCUUACUAAAUGGAGCCUGGUGGUGGUGUCGGCUCGUCAAAUCAAUCCUCUGAUUUAGCGCAGGCACUAGUUUUCUUUUUAAAACACACUCUUGUUUUUGUCUCAAAUACUAAAAAGUGACAGUGCGAUUGACAAAACUGCUAAAACUAGUUUACUAGUUAAGAAUCUGUCCCAUACAACUGUAAUUUUAGUACCAAACAAGAUAGAGUCUCAUUUAUGUACUACCUAAUCUGUGCAGUCCAACAGUUAUUUUAAUACAAAACCGGGUAGAUCGGGUAGAAAUUGGGCUUUAGAACUGUAAUUUUUCUAUCUGGGAUAUAUUUCACCCAUUGUAAACUUGACUUGUAAUGUAUGUGUACUUACAUUAUUAAUAAUAAAUAUGAAUAUGAAUAAAAAUAGUGCAUAAGUAGGUAGGCCUUAUUGGGAUAUGUCCGGUUCUCUCAUCUCACGAUAUUUUACUUCGCCGAAAAGUCUGGUAAAUAUGAAAUACUUAUAAUUUCGUAACUAACAGAACCUAGUAAACGAACUUACAAAUAAAGAAAUAUUUUUAUGAAAAAGUUUUAUUCUUUGUAAUCGAAGUCUGAAUUAAAAUAUUCAAUGUCACUUAUGUUUGAGCUAGCUUCAGAACAACCAGGGACUGAUGUGAGGAACUGGAUAUGCUCGAAUCCGGCACGUAGAUUACGAAUUCUUGCAUAUCACCUACUUAGCGGUCUUUUAUUCGAGAUACCGUAGGUACUUUUACACAAUCCUGAAAAAAAAUUACAUAUAAAUAUGCAUAAAAUGGCAAGUAUCAAGACUAUUUGUCAGUUAUUUUAAAGAUCAUGAAUGACCUGCAUAUUUAUGAAAAUUAAUAUAUUUUGAAUGAAUAUACUUACCGAUGAUGUACCGGAGACAAGUUACUUAGGGGGUUUAUUAAAUAGGUAAUUAUUUAAUAUUAAAUACAACAUCAAUACCCGCGAAUAGCGGAAACACGUUCCGCGACUUUUUGUAAGUCGAUAGUCGGCUUUUAGCCGUUUUCUUCCCCCUGACAAAACCGAACAAUGUUAAAUAUAAUUUUUCUUGUGGUUUUAUGUACGGUUUCAUCGUGUUUUGAAAAUAUUUUAUACAUAAAACUUGCGGUUUUCGUUAAUAAAAAUAUACAAUGACAGAAGUUUGUUUACUUUUUACAAGACAGGUGUCAAAGGUUUGAUUGCCAUAUAAAAUUUAAAAUGUUAGUUCCCGUUUCUGCCACGACUCUUCUCUUUCCGCACAGACUCUAUCAACAAUGCAGUGGAUAUUAAGGUAUUAACAGAUUUGUUAACAGUUUCGAUAUUUUGCAUGUAGUUAGGCAACUGAAAAUCGAAGUUUUUAAUUUGAGUUUUGACCAUCAGCAAGCGAUAUUAUAAUUAUUAUGUAAAUGUAUUUUAAUUACUUUUUACAUUUUAUAAACAGUAUUUGGUGUCACAUACCUUAAUAAUUAGUUAGGUAAUAUUAAUUAAGCUAUUACCGAGGCGUAGAUUCACAAAAAUAUAAUUUCUUCUAUCAGAAUCUACCACAUCAAUUUAUCUACUGCUUGAAAUCACAUGUACAGUGGCGUUCGAAAGUGCAUGGACAGAAUAUGUCGACCGUAAUGCCUUAAUAUUACGGUUGAAACAUGUCCAUGCACUUUUGAACGCCAAUGUACAUACCUUCGUAAAUAAUGUAAUGUGUAUUCAGUGUUGUAGGUAUUGUGCUGUUUGUACGUAAGUUCUGUAAAAUAUAUUUUAUACAUACUCGCAUAAGCGUAACGAAGUGCCAUAACUUCCAUAAUAAACGUGCUAUUUCUAAUAA